CGGAGCGAAUUCAUAUUAUCCGUCCAUCCUCCCGUUCUAUAACGAUGGAAAGCUACCGAAUGAAUUUCCAUGCUGUAGCGAGUAGUGGAACUCCUUCAUGGUUGCCCUACGAUCCAGUUAACCCUCACCAAGCAACACAAUCUCGUCCCUCUUCGUCAGCUGUAUACGAUUCUAUUGAACCUGAUGACAGCGGCGCACCAGCGGGAGUCGCUCAUCCCACCACCUUGCCAAUAUGGAACAAGGGGCCGCUAUUUGACAUCAAUUUCAACCAGUUCGCUCAAGGCGCUGAAAUACAGCCCACGGCGUGCGCCUCUCCUCCAAAAAGCGCCAGGAUACACCUAUACUCGAAAAUACCAGCCCACACAUCAUUCUUGGGUCCGCUUCAUCCAUCAAACAUUGGUUUAAUAUUGCCACCUGUUGCAUCACCGCCAGGACUUCUACCUUCAACAGCGUGGAGCCUGCCUCCGAAUCAUUUUAGGACACAUCUGUUCUCGCCAGUUCAUGCCGGGCAGUUGCUCUUGACUUCCCUUCCUCCAUUGAUUUAUCCAUUGGGGAGAAAUAGCAGCGCACUGGCUCGCGAUGAUUACCAUCGUGCUUGUGAAACAUCUGCCUACCACAGAUCCAGCCGCAUGCUUGCCGAACCGGCCCGGCAAACAGUUCGGAGCACCAGCGGCUCCAGCAGAGCCAUGAGCGCUUCGUCAAAGAGACGAGGAGAUUCUUCAUUGGAAGAUGAAAAACCUCGAGCAAAACGUGUGGCUAGGAACAUUGGAGAACCUGAAAGCUCGAAGCCGUGGCGCACGACGAGCAUAAUGGUAGAUUGCCCGGAGAAAUCUGCGGCAUCCGUAGAGCGCACUACGUCGUGUCCCCCGCUGGGGCUUCCGAGGCCUCAGAUUAUGGGCCAGGAUGUCCACCAAACAUAUAACACGAGCAACACCCAAUCUCUAAUCCCGAUGCAUACAUACGGGUCCAAUGGUGCUACGGGCACCACAAAGUCCGCGCCUCUUCAUCUUCCCCCACCACACGGACAUGACCAUAUCCGCAUGAGAUCCUCAGAACCGCCCUACUACAAGAUCUACGAACCUUUCACCAUGGAGCAGCGUUUGGAAGCAGUCGCCGAUUGGACUCGAUAUAUCGUGAUGACUCGAAAUGUUGAUGCUUCCGGGCAGUGGAUUAAGCGCUGUGGGUUGGCAAACCUCCUAGAUUGUCUCCACGUCGUCAUAAUGACACCGGAGGCAGGUUCUUACAGAGCCAAGGAGCUGGACGAGAAACUGCCGCAGAUUAAGGGCUUCCUCGACUCUAUGUACAGGUUCUGGCCGUGGGCCACCCCGAAGGGUGGAAAUUUGAAAGUGGAGAUUGUGCAGACUGCUUGA